AUUGUAAUAUCUAUGGCGUAAAUACUCCAUUGUCUUAAACUCUUUGGAUGUACGAACGAGUGUGAGCGAGACGAAUGUACGGAGAGUGAGAAAGAAGGAAGGAAAGGGGAUGGCGGCAAGACGGUUAUGAGUAAGUGUGGCUCUGUAUUUUAUAAAAGAAGAAUAAACAUAUUGUUGGAAGAAACUGAUUUUCCUUGCGAAGCCCCGUCCCUACAAAUUUUGGGGGCUCGUCCGGGAUAAUUAUCUUCGCGGUGGACGGUGUACUUCGUGAGAAAAUCUCAAUAAGACGUACGGGCACACGCGUACGACGACGCCAUUGUACCGGCCGGCGUGUUUCAAGAUUCAGACGGGAUCAUACGACGGAAACAUGCCGAACUACGGCAAAGAAAGACGUAAAAGCCGACAAGACGACUAUGAAGAUUGUGAUGACGACAAUAUCACGCAUAACCCGACGCACAUGUUGCAAAUGACGGCGGAGUUGGUGCCUAGAUACAGCGGGAGAGAUAAUACCUAUCCCGUGUCACGCUGGAUUGAAGACGUCGAGAGCAACGCGGAAAUAUUCGGUUGGUCUCCGUUGCAGCAGCUGCUGGUGGCACGAAGGUCACUGACGGACACUGCGCAGCUGUGGCUCAGAUCCGAACGUCCGUUUAAGAGCUGGGACGACUUGAAAGCAGCGAUAUCGAAAGAAUUCCCAGACACCGUGGACAUCAAAGCUAUUCACGAACAAAUGAGUGCUAGAAAGAAGCGGGUGGAUGAAACAUGCCUCGACUAUAUGCUGAUCAUGAAGGAGUUAGGCAAGCGUGGCAAGAUGCCGGACUACGUUGCGAUUAAAUACAUCGUUGACGGAAUCGUGGACGUAGAAACAAACAAGAUCAUGCUUUACGGUGUUACAACCUAUAACGACUUAAAAGAGAAGCUUAAAAUCUAUGAAACGAUAUCAAGAAAAAUGCAGAGUGCUGUGCAGCAGAGGCGUGCAGUGAGUACAAGCAAGCAGCAGAGUGAUCGACGAGGGUCGUGGAAGAUUCGGUGCUAUAGCUGUGGAGAGACUGGACAUGCAUCAACUGAUUGCCCGCAUAAAAGCAAAGGUAUGAAGUGCUUUAAGUGCAACCAAUUCGGCCAUGUUGGAUCGGCUUGCACUUCGACUGCGACGGCGAAUCGGAAGACUUCGGAGGAGUUCGGUAAAUCUCGGCAAGACGACCACAGACAAAAGAAGAGCGCUAUGUUCGCGGCUGACAUCACUCGAGACUGCGGCGCCUCCAGCGGUGAGCUAUGGAACGAACUACAAGACUACCAACAUCAUGACAAGAAGCGGACGAUGUUCACUACGUCAAACUCCAUAGAAGGCAGCGCCCCUAGCGGCUCCAGUACGAACGACGACGAACCAAAGAUGGCGACAUUUGUUUACGACGAGAUGUCAACAUUGUCAACCUCUCAGAUCAACAAAACGGAGGAGAAAAAGCCGGUUAUUGUGUUGACAAUGAAUGAAAUACAGCAAAAAGCGUUAGUUGACUCCGGCAGCGACGUGAAUAUCAUAUCGGAGGACGUUUACAUCGAGUUGGGAAAGCCCAAAUGUGAGAAAGAUGAUUUGGUGCUAUCUGGAAUUGGACAAGGAACAGUGCGUUCGUUGGGAAAGUGUCUCCUAAACCUGUCCCAUGAAAGAUCCAGCUUUGAGAGAGGAAGUCAUCGAGUGUAUACAGAAGUACAAACCGGAACAGACGGAGGAAGCACCACUGCAGCUCAAGAUUGUGCUUAAGGAUGAGGUACCUGUAGCACUACGACCGCGACGACUGGCACUUAAGGAGCAGGAGAUU